AUGAAUAACCAACUACACAAUCUCAAUUGUAAAUUUUGCAAGAUUAAUCAAAACAAGUUUAUCUAGAAAGAAAUACAUGAGAAAUAUUUUGAGUAGUUCAAUUUUUAUUUUGCCAAGCCCAUAACAGAAAUUUUAGCUAAUGUUCCUAUAGAUCAUGUCAUUCUAUUUAAAGACUAAUUGUAUUUACAUGAUGAAAAUGAAUAUAUGAAGCGAUUUUAUUAAAGAGAGGAACAAGACCCAAGAAUUAAAUUACUUAGCGAUUUUUACUAUGAGUAAAAUAAAAUCCCAUAGCCCAAUUUAUGUAAAGUCAAUGCUCAUAAGUUCAUGGAGAAGAGAAUUAAUAAAUUGUUAAAAUUACAAUAAAAAGCAUAAAAUAGUUAGAAUCAACAACCAAUUACUAAAAAAAUGAUUCCCGAUCAUAUUUUUAGUGAAAACUACGUUGAAUCUGUAUCUGAUUCCUAUCCCAAGGAACAAAUAUCAUGGGACAGCAAAUCGCAUAACAUCUAUGAGAUUUCAUAAAGUGUAGCAUAGUAGUCACAACCAAAAAACAAACCCUCUGCAUAAUUACCUAUUCUUAACAUAUCUGGUGAUCAAAAUAAACUAUUUAACUGUGAAAAUGAUUAAGAUAUAGAUAAUAUCAUUAGUGAAGUCAACACACACACAUCUCGUUAGUUAUCAUCAAUUACCAAAAUACCAUUUAAAAAGAAACCUCCAACAAGUGCAAGCAAAAAGAAAAAUUAAUCAAUACAAUAGCCUUAGUAACCUAAAGUUCCUAUUCCACCAUUGAAACUCCAAGAAAGUGCUAAAUCAUCAACAACCACAGCCCCAAACAAUAAGUCAACAAGCAUUUAAUCUUUAAUGAAAAAAUAUGAUUAAAUAUUGUAAAAACGUUUUUAAGUGAAGGAAAUAUUAACAGAACGUAACGAAACCCGUUCUGCUGCUGGUUUUGGUUCUAGUUGUGGUAUUGGUACAAAUAGAGGAGAAGGAGGUUCAUCAAAAAAAUAAAUUACUGAUGAAAUGCUACUCAAAUUAAUAUCAAACAUGAAGAAAUCAAAAAAUAAAUCCGACAAUUAUUAAUUUCAUGCCUCCUACAAAAGUGUAGCAUCUCAUCCUUAAAUUGGUCCGGCUUAAUCAUGCACAUUUGAAAAAGAAAAUGAAAAAAAGAAAAAGAAGCCAAAAUAAAUCAAAAAAAACCCCUCUUAGAUGUCAUCACCAACAACAGUCUAAAACACUUGUUCUCCAUCUAUGCUUCUUAGAUCCCUUUCAAAUCCUUCAAUGGCGCCUUCUCCAAUGAGGAGAUUAGAAAUUAAAGUUAACUUAAAUAAACUUAUAUAAUAAUAAGAACAAGAAAUAGGAUAUUGGACUUAAAGAUGCAAAGUUCGUUGA